AUGCGGGCGGCGGCGACGACGACGAUGCUGGGACGCUCGACGACGACGGGCGCGCGCGCGCGCGCGCGCGCGGCGCCGGCGCGCGCGUCGACGCGGAAAUAUCCGGUCGUCUCGAGGUUUUCGGCGACGCGCGACGCGAGGACGGGCGCGGGCGCGUUUCGCAACGCGCCGGAGCCGCAGACGGAGGAAGAGGAGGGGUCGGUUUUGGAUUUCCCGGAGGAGUACCAGCGCGCGGUGCCGUCGAGACGACCGGACAUAUUUCCAGACCUGAAGGAGCCGAAGACGCCGAUGCCGCGACCGAUGCCGGGCGACCCGGAGAUGCCAGAUGAGGAGGAAGAGGAGAAGGAGCGCAAGGAGAAUCCCGGUGAACCGGGGGAAAAACCGGAAGAUGAGGAAGAAGAAGAAAACGAAAAGAAGAAGAAGAAGAAGAUCAAGAAGGAUGACGAAGAAGAAGAGUGA